AUGGAAAAGCGAAAGCCCGCUUAUCCAGCUCAGCCUGGGAAACGAUUCAGGAAGAGUUUGAUAUGGCUUGUUGCGGGCGCUGGGACGAUCGGCCUGAUGGGGCUGGGUGGAUUUCCUCCCCGCGCACAUCACUGGGUCUUCCCAGGCUCCAAAGUCCAUGAGAAUAUCGAAGUUCCGGUGCACACCUCGCCCUAUGGGAUAUUCCCACAGAAAGGUGACCCAUUCCAGUUUAUACCCUGCACUGAUGCCAGUCUUCCGCCGCCCCUGGAGGACACGACCCCUCAGCAAUCGUGGGCUGCCCUCUUCGAUGCCGAUCCCAAGCACUGGAGCUGGGGUAGCACAGGCCAGGGCAUCUAUCUUUGUGGCUACUUGGACCUUCCACUUGACUAUCAUAAUUCCACAGACCACCGCAUUGUUCGCAUUGCGGUGACAAAAUUCCAGGUCGCUGGUCUACCCCUGAAGAAUGACACCGAACUUUCAACCGCUCGCAAUGAGUACAAGAGUGAACGCACUCUCAUCAUCGAGCCAGGUGGCCCGGGAGGAAGUGGAAACACAUUCCUCUGGGAGACUGCAGAAGAAAUGACCAAUCGAUUUAGUGACGGUCAAUAUGAUGUCCUGGCUUGGGAUCCACGCGGUGUCAAUCUCUCCCUUCCCUCCGGAGCAUGUUAUCCUCAAAAUUCCCACCGCGACCGAUGGUCUCUCUUGUCACUCAAUUAUCGUGAAGAAGCUCCAAUUUCACAAUUGGAGGUACUUGACGCCAUGAAUAAUGCAACAUUCUUCGCAUGCCAGCAACGGCUAGGGGAUUUUGGUCGAUUCGUGAGUACAGCAUCGGUGGCUCGCGACCUUGAUGAGAUUCGAAAGGCGCUAGGUGAAGAGGAGGUUUCAGGGUACUUUGUCAGUUAUGGCACUGGGAUUGGACAAACAUACGUUAACAUGUUUCCCAACCGAGCGGGUCGUUUGAUUCUUGAUGGGACCGAAUAUGUUCGGGACCACCGUCUCUUGGGCGGAUUUGGAUGGACUGCUCUCGACAAUACGACUGAUGCUUGGAAUGAUGGGUUCUUGGGCGAGUGUGUCAAGUCUGGUCCAGAGGCAUGCGCAUUAGCAAAGCCAAUUCCAGGCGAUGGACCAGUCACACUCAAACAACUCCAGGACCGCAUGGCCGGACUUCUCGAGUCUCUUCGAGCUCGCCCGCAAUCAGCAUAUACAGAGCUAGGCGGUCCAUCUCUGAUCACCUACUCGGCGCUUGUGGAGAGGGUGCUGUAUCCGGUUAUGUAUAGACCUACGGAAUGGCCGAGAGUCGCACACAUGCUCUACGAGCUCGAGGCAGGAAACGCAACACUAGCAGCGAACCAGCUAGAUUCAUCAUGGAGCGACAAUUCCGACAAGCCCGUCUUCCCCGGCAACCCAUCUUCCAGCGAGCUUGAACUGCUUGUAAUCUGCUCCGAUGCAUACGACGCGCCCCUUCCAGAUGGACUGGAAUGGUGGGCUGAGUUGUGGGCAAAUAUGACCACCCAGAGCUGGAUUGCAGGCAACUCGCGCUUUUUCGCAGUCAUGCCUUGCCGACAUUUCAAUACAUACUGGGAUCCACCAUCCGAGGUUUACCGCGGCGAUCUGAACCAUACUCUCAAAACUCCUGCUCUUCUCAUCGCUUCCCCAUAUGAUCCUGCGACGCCCUUGCGUAAUGGCAGACGACUUUUGAAAGAGAUGGGACAAAACGCAAGAUUGAUUGUUCAUAAUGCCUAUGGACACAGUUCAAGGCGAGAUCCUUCCGAUUGUACAGACCGUCUAGCAAAGGACUAUAUUCUUAAUGGGAUUCUACCCCGUGAGCAGGAGGUUCAGUGCUAUGCUAAUAGCAAGCCCUAUUCCUAA